AUGGCGGCCGCAGCGCCGACGGGUACGGCGAACUGGUCCGCCGGAAAUGCGCGAUUCGACAAGCAGGCGGCUGCCUGGGACAGCAAGCCCGAGACGAUCGAGUCCUCACAAGCAGCGUACCAAGCUCUGCUCAAGCACGUGCCCCCACUUUCGGAUCCAAGCGAAGCGUCCAGCUGGUCUGUCCUUGAAAUUGGCUGCGGUACGGGCCUGCUCUCGCUACAAAUCGCACCACACGUAAACGAGCUGGUGGGCGUCGAUACGUCGCAAGGCAUGAUCGACAUGCUCACCGCCAAAGCGCUGCGCGACGGACUCGCACAGAGCGGCAAAGUUACAGCGAUCAAGGUCCUCCUUGAGGACGCCGAUGACCCCGUGCUGCAGGGAAAGAGAUUCCAGCUCGUCAUCUCUCACCUCGUCUUCCACCACAUCCCACGCAUGAAGGACACCAUCGCCGUCAUGGCGCGCGCCCUCGCACCGGGGGGGAUGCUGAUCAUUUCCGACUUUGAGGAUGACGGCCCGCACGCUCGGCGCUUCCACCCGAAGGACAAGCACGGCGGUGUCGAGAGGCACGGGCUGCUGCGCGCCGAAAUGCUGCAGCUGCUGGGCGACGAAGCGCAGCGGUCCGGGCUCAAGGACGUCAGGGUGUUUGAGAGUUUUGCGCUAGAGAAAAUGACCGCGCAGGAGGAUGGCCGCGCCAACAAGGAGAGGUAUCCGUUCAUAUUUUGCAUGGCCACAAAAGGAUAA